AUGGUCACGCUCAUCACCGAGAAGCUGCAGAGCCAGAGCCUGGACGACCUCGCGCACCGGAGCUGUGAUGCGGGCCCGCAGCCUGCCGAGAACCGCAGCAGCAGCAGCGGCGGCCCUUUGUCCGCUUCCGAGACCGGAGAAGACAGGCGUCCCUGGAGGGCCCCGAGUGAAGGACUGCCCGUCAGAAGCCAGGCUCCCCCGGGCCCCACGCCGCUCUUCCCGCCGGACCCCCACGGUGCGAGCGCGGGCGUGGGCCUGGGGGCGGCCAGCGCAGAGGGCCUCGCGGAGAGCUCCGGGCCACCCUCGGCCCCGCCCAGCAAGCGACACUGCCGCUCCCUCUCCGAGCCCGAGGAGCUGGCCCGCUGCAGGUCCCCGUGGCGCCCCGGCGGCUCCAGAGUCUGGACCGCCGUCUCCAAGAGGCGGUGCCUCAGCGGCGGGAGCUCCUGCCUGCCGGGGGGCGCCUUCCCUGCGGCCGGCCCGGGCUCGCCCCCCGUGCCCCGGCCGGCCUCGGCCAGCAGCGGCUUCCUGGACAGUGGUGGGAGCAGCUCAGGCCCACCCUGGUGCCCCGCGGAGCCCUGCGCGCUGCCGCCCCGGCGCCGCCUGUCCCUGUCGCAGGAGCGCCUGGCAGGCGCGGACACCCCAUCGUCCCUGCCCGCGCCGGGCUGGCGGCUGGGCCUGCUGCGGAGCCGCUCCCAGCCCUGCGUGCUCGCCGGGAGGAAGGGCCGGCGGAAGCGCCCACGGGAGGAGGACCCUCGCUGGCUGCGCCCGUCCUUGGACUUCCUGAAGAUGACACGGACAUUAAAAAACUCAAAGAGCCUCGGCUCCCUCGAUUACGAAGGUGAGGAUGACGAUGACCCCAGAGCGAAGACGGCCGUGUCCUGCCCACGGGACCCGCACGACCUUGCCGGCCUCGCCGCCCCAGGCUCCAGCCCCUGGGUCCCUCGGGAGCCGGUGGCCAGCGAGGGCGGGGGCGGCGGGGACCUGAGUGACUGGGACAGCGCCGGGGAGGAGGGCGUCCUGCCGCUGGGCCCCGGCGCGCUGGACCUGGAGCAGAUCGAGAACAACUGA